AUUGCCUUUCUUCAUUGGGUGAGACGCUAUAAACUUCUCAAGCAGCGACUGGGCAUCUAGGUAACCUAAGGGCUGGCGUGGCAUCCUUAGCCACGUGGCGAGUUUCUAAUGGCCUUUGCUCCGAAAAACAUUAUCCAUGGGUGCGCGCUUGGCGAUGGGCGAUCGAUGUCGGCGAGCCGGAGAAGCGCAGGGGUAAGAUCUGAAGAGAAUGGCAGGCGUCAGUCUAGGUCUUUCAGCAGCGACACUAAGAGCUGCGCUCCCUGGAAUUGGGACUGCUCAGCUCGCCGUCCCCAGCAGGUUCUCGCUGCCGCGAUUGCCCAGGACAAGGUUGAGGUGUGUUCAAGAGAAACCAGCCGUCCAAGCAGAGGAAGCGCUUGCUAUCGGGAAAGACAACGGGAGCUUGGCGGCUCCUCACGAGAACUUUGGAGAGGUGAACAGGAUCUUGGGAAGCAGGGUAGUGAACCGCGAGAUGCAGUACCUGAUCGAGUGGAAGGACGAUCAUCCGGACACAUGGGAGCCGGCCGAGAACAUUGCCGGCGACGUCUUGUCCGAGUACGUGACUCCGUGGUGGCAGGGCGCGAAGAAGGCGGACGAAAGCAAACUUAUGGAGCUGCUCGAGGACGAGGGCAGGGACGUUGAUGCCAUCGACGACAACAAGAGGACGGCGCUGCUGUUUGCCGCGGGGCUGGGAUCGGAGAGCUGCGUCAGGAGUUUGAUCGAGGCUGGAGCGGACAUAGACUGGCAGGAUCAAGACGGGUACACAGCGCUUCACAUUGCUGCGGGCUAUGUACACUCGAAUGUAGUCAAGGCCUUGCUGGAGCUGGGGGCCGAUCCGGACGUGGAGGACUCGAAAGGCAGGAGCUCCUUGAAGCUGGCCCAGGAUCUCCUCAACCGGACACCGAAAGCCAAUCCUUUGCAGUUUGCGCGGCGGCUGGCGCUGGACCAAGUGGUGAGGCUCCUGGACGAGGCGUGCUACGAGACGGUGUCCGUGGAUCAGGUGUUGGACAAGCGGAUGGCGGCAGGGAACAAGGUGGAGUACCUGGUCAAGUGGAGCGACGAGACACCCGAUAGCUGGCUCCCGGCGAGUGAGAUCUCGGACGAUUUGAUCAAGGACUACGAGGCCGGGCUCGAGUAUGGGAUUGUCGAGAGGAUCUUGGACAAGCGCGUCCAAGGCGAGAGCAUCGAGUACCUGGUGAAGUGGGCGGAUUCGGACAAGGACUCGUGGGAGCCAAGCGACAACGUGGCGCCUGAGCUCGUGCAAGAGUAUGAGGUUAACCAACGUGCAAAUGAUUGAACUGGGCAAAAACGCUUUUUUUGUUUUGUUCUUUUACCGUGACGAUCACAAACAAAUCUUCACUGAUCAAUAAAUCAAAGCGUCACUCCA